GUCUUUUAUGGAGACGGUGAAUUUUGACCGUGGAUUUUAUAUGUGUUUGAGAUGUGAGACCCUGUCGUUGGGGAUCAGCAUCAUGAUCACAGAGCGUUAUGCAUGGGAUGAGCGAGAGUCGAUGAUGCUUUGACUUUGAGGGAGAUGCUUGGUAUAGGGAUGAUGAGAGAUUGAGGAAGGGAUUUGUUUGAGGUUCGUGGUUGGCUUCAUGGAGAGAUGUUGUGUAUAAAGUGGAAGGGAGAAGCGCCGCGAGAAGAGAAGUCUCAUCACUCACAGCUUCACAUCUUCAAGCAUCACAAUAUCACAGUCACUACCAGCUUAACAGCUAUCACCAGCCUCAUUAUCCUCUUCAGAAUAAAGAAAAAACUCAAGAUGAGAUUCCUCAACCUCGCAGCCCUCGCAUCCGCCGUGGUCGCUCAAUCCGACCUCGCCAGCAUUCUCUCCUCCCAAUCCGACCUCUCCACCCUCGCCGAGCUCCUCGCUCUCGUCCCCGACAUCGCAGAGACUCUCGCAUCCGCCAGCAACAUCACCAUCUUUGCUCCCACCAACGAUGCAUUUGCCUCGGUCCCCCGAGACAUUCCUGAGGGAGAGGCUAUUUCCCAGCGCAACGACACCAUCGCUAUCGGUGCUCUGCUGUCAAACCAUGUCUUCAAGGGCUAUUAUCCUGCCAAGGUUGCGACGGACAUUCCUGUGUUUGUGCAGUCUCUGCUGGAUUCUAGCUUUGUCAAUUAUCGUCAGCCGUUUGGUAACUUUACUGGGGGUCAGUAUAAUGGUAUUGUGAAGGAUGGCGAUGAUGUCGUUGUCAUCUCUGGAGAAGAGACUCUGUCCUAUGUGACUGAAGCCGAUAUCAAGGUCGGUGACUCGGUCAUCAUCCACAAAGUCGACAAGCCUCUCAGUUUUGGUGCUCCUCUCCAACUCUUCACCCGCCGCGACAACCUCCUCAACUUCAACGCCGCUCUCAACGCAGCUGAUCUUCCCUACAACUUCGGCAACCUGGAUCGUGACUCCUCUACUCUUGUCAACAUCUCUGACUUCACCGUCUUCAUCCCCAACGACCCUGCUUUUGAGGCUAUUGGUUCAGUCCUCGAAGGCGCUGAUCUCAAGACUCUGCAGGAGGUGUUGAAAUACCACAUCGUGGACGAUGUUCUCUUCUCUACUGAUCUAGCCAACGUCAGCGUUCCUAGUCUGCAGGGCGCUGAUUUGACGUUUACUGUUGCUGAGGAUGGAAGUGCUUGGGUGAAUGGUGCUAAGAUUCUCUUCACCAAUGUUCUUCUCUUCAACGGUGUCGCUCACGUUAUCGAUGGUGUCCUCAACCCUGCCGACGAUCCCUUUGACCGUGCUGAUCUCAAGCCCGCCGCUGAAGCUGAUGACCGCCUUGCUUUCCCUGGCGCAACACCCGUCUCCAAGCUCCCUUUCUCAGUCAUCAGCUACGCCGACGACAGCCAGCCUACUUACACCACCCCCGAGCUCCUCAAGACACUCAAGGCCAUUGACGUCUCAGCUCUUGCUACUGCCACCGCUACCGCUGAUGCUACCACUGGUGCUGGAGAGACUACUCCCAUUCCUACCGGAGUCACACCCGUUGUCAACGCCGCAAGCUCCAAGUUCGUUGCUGGAGGAGCUAGUGUUUUCGCUGUCCUUGUUGCUGUCCUGAUGGCUUAAGCUGUUGGCAAUUUUAAGGUCGUGUUGGUAGAGCUCUUGUUUGCAAGUUUGUAUUCUUGACCAUAUUACUCCAGAUACAUGUCUUUCGAGGCCCAGAACUCCCCCGGUCAGAGUAGAUUAGUACUUAAUAUCCUGAAUUUACAUCUUUUCUUAUACAAUGUCCUGGGC